AGCUAGCUAGCAGCGCAACACCACCGAUCAGCUAUACAAGCAAGGUAGCUACCUAGUAGAGUACGUAGAGGCCGGGUCUCCAGAAGACGAACAUGUCGUGGAGCUCCGACGAGAACCACAGGUUCGAGCAGGCGCUGGCAGAUUACGACGAGGAUACUCCAGGACGCUGGCAGCUCGUGGCCCAGGCGGUCGGCGGCGGCAGGACGGCGGACGACGUCUGGCGCCACUACCUGCACCUGGAGGGGGACAUCGACGACAUGGGCGCCAGGGAGCGGGCGAACCGCCGCCGCCAACAGUACCGCCGCAACGCCCAGCAGCACCAACACCAGCACGGCGCUAGCGCCAACGCCAACGCCUACGCCAGCCGCAACCAUAUUAGUCGGCGGAGCAACGGCGGCGGCGCCAGCAGCAGUAACACUAACAACAUUAGUAGUCAUCGCGCUACUAACAGCAACGACAGAGCCAAACGCCCGCAGGAAUGAGACGCCGGCCGGCAGGAGAGACGAUGAACCACACAAACUACUACUACACACAACGUACGUACUAUCCUACUACCAUAAUAUGGUGGAUAUCGCCACCUUUCCGCGUACGAACGUGUAUGCUCUAAUUAAGGAAUAAUCCUAGCUAUAGCCUAUAGCCCCCAGCUAAGGGCUUGUUCGGUUAGCUCUUAAUCCAUAUGGAUUGAAUGGGAUUGGAUGGGUUUGAACCCAAACAAGUCAAACUUCUUCUCAAUUUUUUCCAAUCUCAUCCAAUCCAUGUGUAUUGGGAAUAACCAAACAAGCUCUAAUGUGUAUUGCUCUAAUGUGUAUUGCAUGCAUGCCGCGUACGACGGACGUACGCAAGUGUAAAACCUUGGGCACUAUUUAUAUGUAUAAAGUUAUAUCG